AAUAUAAAUGCGGCGGCAAGUCCCCGAGUUGUAUGCAAACACGCACGCCAGUCUCGGCAGCGUAUGCACACAGUACCUAUACACCUAUACUCCGUAUUAUAAUACUGGUGCAGCUUGUCGAAAAUCCGAACCAAUGACUUCUGAGUGGUCGGACCGAGGAUUAAACGAGCCUGUGAUUCGAAACGCUCUGAACUCGUGUACCUAUAUUAUAUAUACACACUUAUUAUGCGAUAUCCAGCCGUUUGGUGGUGAAAGUCUAAUUUCCCUGAGCCAGUUUACAUUAUAUUUGACUGUGAUCACUACGGAGAACAGCAUUUUCAAGGUGCCGCGGAGCAACUACACAGGGCACUUUACACGUGAAAGUAAAAGUGUAGGAAUUAGUCAAGGGUAUUGUGGGUCCUUAACUCAUCUAAAACUAUUCCAUUAAAAGCGUUCUAAAAACGAUCAAACGAGAACUUGCAAAUUCAUGGAAUUUCGUUUCUGGCAUACCCUCCAAAAUACGCACAAGUACUGAAAAGACUUUGAUCCAAAAAAGAACUUCACGACCUUGCGACUGGACGCCAUUGAACUGGAAUUUAGUCGCGUGCAUGCCACUCUUAUACAUAUAAUUUUCUAGAAAGCAUUUUCCGGUUGGUUCGUUCUUAUGUUGACAGAUAAACUAUGUAAGAAUUUCUUUUCGUAUUAGCUUAUUAGGCAGCAUAAUAAAGUUGGGUUUUUUGAAUAAUCAUUUUCCCCAGAGUUUCGCAAAUUAAUUAAAUAAUUCGUUACGUAUCUUUGAGUUAUUUAUCUCCCAACGAUACCGCUGCAAAUUAGGUGCCUAACUUAAAACAAAAAUAUUUAUAAAUAAUAUGUACCUACGUAAUCGAACGAAAUAGAAUAAUUUAAAAAUAUCUUCAUAUCUAAUUAUCCUAAUACCUUCAUUAUAUUAUAGUAGCCUAAAAUAUUAUCAAACCAAACACCAAUUACACCAUUAUUACACUCACAAUGUGUUCUUCUAAGGUAUGUAUUAUUUAUACAUUGUCUAUACAUAGUUAUCAAUUAUAACAUAUUAUAGUGUGUA